CAAAAUAGUAAAAGUAUAAUAACUAUUAUACCAUUGUUGAAAGUGAUACCUAAGGUAUGCAGUGGUAUUUACAUUUUGGAGCAGAUAAAAAUAUCUUAUUACUUCAAAUAUUUACGAGGAAGAAAAUAAGACAUAUUUAACUAGUUAUUAGUGUUCCGUGAUCAAAGUUUGGCACGGAACACUAAAAAUGAAGAUAAUUGUUAUUAAUCUUAUGCUAAUUGGUGCUUCUUUGGCACUUAACGGCAGCUACUGUUGCUCCAAAAAUCAUGAAAUAUGGGUUGAUGAGAACAACGUGAAUCAUUGUUUGGAUACGAGGACCAACGCCACCAUAAAGAUCACCCUGAAUUGUUUCGAUAACUUGACAUUUAUAGUUUCAAACGAGUCCUUGCCAUAUAAGCUGAACCCAGAUGGAAGCUUAGGUAUUCUAAUGGGAGAAAUGUCAGAACUCACAUCAGUUGCAAUUGGCGACUUCUGCGUCGGGCGUCGGACUAAAGACGGGGAUGAAACCGAGGUGGCGAUCAUAUGCCAGAGUGAGAUGGAGGCUGAAAUAGUGAGCGAGGAGGUGCUGGGCUACUGUAUGGCGGUGUCGAGUGUCUUCCUCGCACUCACGGCCCUCGUGUAUAUGGCGUUUCCAGACCUCAGAGAUCUACAAGGGAAGAGUAUCACAUGUUUAUGCAGCACGCAAGCUAUCGCCAAUGCAUUAUUUUGUGUGAUGAAAGUUAUGAUGUACUCUCACAUGACAUGGUGUGCAGUUCGAGGUUUCCUGGCCUAUUACUUCAACAUCUCAACGUUCUUCUGGAUGAAUGCAAUAGCUGUACAAAUUCUUAUUAAUAUAAAGCAUUCGUCGAAUAAUGAAAGUUGGCGAAAGUUUAUGUGGUACGCCUUGUACGCGUGGGGUGCUCCCGCCGUCCUCACCGCCAUGCUGAUAAUGGUCAACUAUCUUCCCGGGUCCCACUUGCGGCCUGGGAUAGGCUACAACCAAUGUUGGUUUCUUGACAUGAAACGCACGUGGCUUUACAUGUACAGCGUGCUUGCAAUGCUAAUGGCGGCGAACGUGGCGAUCUUCGUCUACGCUUCGGUCUUCUUGUGGAAGCACACGUUUUCGUCCUCCCACCUGCAGGCGCUGAGACAUAAGUCGUGGAUGAUGUUCCGACUGUUUAUAAUCAUGGGUUUGCCGUGGAUAUUCGAAAUGGUCACCUCUUUGACACCUGCUCACACGUUUUGGGUUAUACUGGACAUCAUAAACUGUCUGCAAGGCCUCAUAGUAUUUCUAAUACUAGUGGUGUUCCGUCGACGAGUGAUCAAGGCGCUAUACAAGAGAAACGCUCUAUUUUGCUUGAGCGGUGUGGCCGAGAGCUACCUGAAAGGGGCCGAGGAUGAGGAGGAUAUAGUCACACCCACUGUAGGUGUGCCCAUGGAGGAAACUGGAUCUACUUGACCCCUAGGAUCCUGACCAAAUUUGUAGUCAUCAUUUUGGAUUUGUCUCAAGAACGUUUUUUUUCUGCUUGCAACCGAGGUUUGAACCUGCGAUUUUUGACCACGACACAUAUAGAAAAGGUUAAUACGUUACAUAAGACAAGUUAUCGUCGUACCACUCGUACCAAUGAGGUUAAAGCGCGCGGUUGUUUUAUGCGAUAGACGCAGCGUUGAAUGCAUGCGAUCACGGAAUGUAAGGAAAAUGACAAUGCGCUUAUAUACGUACCUACAUACGUUAUAUACGGUCAUUACUGUCAUUAGAUUAUCUGGUUUAAAAUGGCAAAUUCAUUUAUUAAUAUUUACUACUUUGCUGAUGAUAUAAUAACAACAUAUGUUUCGGAAGCCUCUUUACAGCUUUACCGAAUACUUUAUAAACACUUCAUUAAAAAAAAUCUAUUUUUAUAUAUAUCUAACUACUGUACUAUAAUGUACACUGCGAUAAGUUAAUAGUUAAUUAUGCGAUACAUGGUCUCGUGCACCUCAGAAUUUUUUAUAGGUUAGGUUAGUAAAAGUAUAUUUGUAAAAGUUGAGUAAGUUUUACGGGUUUCAAUUUUUUUUCUACCUUGUAACCGUAACCUUGUAUCGAAGAAAGAAGCAG